AUGAGAAAGAACUCCAAUGACGAUGACGAUGACGAUGACGACGAAGACGAAGAAGACGAAGACGAAGACGAAGACGAAGACGAAGAGGACGAAGAAGAUGAAGAAGAAGAAGAAGAAGAAGAAGAAGAAGAAGAAGAAGAAGGCCUUGGCAAUGUUGGUUGCAGCGAUGUGAGAACGGAGUGA